AUGCCGUCAAUUGCCAAGCAAGCCAAGUAUGAAGGAGAGCUACCAAAGCUUGGCACGAAUGAGUUUGUAGUCUUCUCACCUGAAGUCUCAGGACCUGGAGGCAUGGCAGUGCCGGCUGAGCUCGGCGAAGUGGUGGAGAUCUGUUGCAAGGAAGGAGACACAGUCGAUGAGGACAUGGUAGUUGCGGUGAUUGAGACUUGUAAAGCAUCCGUCGAAGCUCGCUGUCGAUCAGCAGGUGUAGUGAAGCAAGUUUUGGUGAAGAACGGCGAGGAGGUGUGGGAAUUGCACCCUCUGCUGGUUGUCGAAAAGAAGGCUUAA